UCGGCGCCAUCCUUGAAUGCGUUUCCAGGUCUUAACACAUUUGAUUAUGACAAGCUGGACAAGGUGGUUGAAAUUGGACGAGGCAGCUUUGCUGUCGUGUUUUCUGCCAUAUAUAACAACUCAGCGACACUGGGAGAAACUGUCGUUGUGAAAAAGAUGCUAGAUUUAGAAGAUGAUGAAAAAGACCUCUUUUUAAAAGAGGUGAAACUGUUAAACACGUUGAAGCAUCCGAACAUCGUGACAUUUCAUGGUGUGAGCAUUUCUCCUCCAGCCAUAAUGUUGGAGUACAUGUAUUUCGAUUUCAGUCUCUUUGAUAGAGACCACAAAGUUCAUUCUUUGAAAGAGUUUCUACAUGAACUUUCCGAUGCAGAACCCAAUACGUUUGCUCAUGUAAUUCCCGUCAUCGCCAGUGAUGUAGCUAAAGGACUGAGUUUCUUGCAUGACAACGGAGUGGUUCACAGAGAUCUUAAGCCCGCUAAUGUUUUGGUAUCAAACCACCACUAUCGUGAUCUAGUGGAUAUGACGUUGAUCGAAAAGACUUGGACUGAGAUUCCAGUCGUAUGCAAACUUACGGAUUUCGGGGAAGCUCGAUCGCAACUUAUCAACACCCGAAACUUUAAAGAAACAGGUGGUACCAGGAAUGUUAGUAGAGGUACACCCGCAUUUAUGGCUCCAGAAGUAUUGCUAUUGGAAAAAGAGCAACCUACGGCUAUGUCUUUAGACCAGUUGAAGAAAGUGGACAUUUGGGCCCUUGGACUCGUGUACUUUUGCGUUCUCAACCCAGCUCUGUCGUCGCCGUAUACCAACGAAUUCAGAGUUAAUGGAGUUCUUCCAGGGAAUCAUUUGCACCAUGUGAGAGGCAUGAUGAAAAGGAAGCAGCUUCCUUCAACGUUGCCAGAAUUUGAACAGUUCCAAGGCACCACCUGGAAGAAUAUUUUCGCUGCCUUUGAACGAUGUGUGGCCUUUGACAGCAACAAGCGGCCAACGGCAAGUGAGGUUCUGCAGAUGUUAGCGAGCCACGGAAAAAGAGAUUCAGAAGAGGAAGUACUCUUAGAGAAUAAAUCACCGAAGGUAUGUCCUAACUAUACUAAACUGAGUAAUUAGGUAAAGUGCAAACAAAUGACUGGCCUUGUCAAGUAUUUUCCGCUCAUUUAUCGCUACUCGUUGCACUUAAGCAGAUUUAUGGCCACCUAAAGCUUUUCAGCUGAGUACGUUUUUCUCUGGCGAAAUAAAUUUCACAGCAACAUAUCGUAAAAUCUCUAAAAUAAGCCCCGUAGCUUAUAUUUUUCAAAGGCCGUUUUUGAGGGGCUUAUUUUUGGAGGAGCUUAUAUUCGGAGAGGCUUAUCUACGGAGGGAAAUUUGCGUUUCAAAAUCGAUUGGGCUAGCCUUAUCGUUGGAAGUGCAUUUACCGUUCUUGCUUUGUUUUACUUUGUAUUUGAGGGCAAUUUUCCAAGUACAAGCGCCCGGAGGCGGGGGGCUUUUAGUGGAGACUUUUUUUUUAUGGGCGCUUAUAUUUAGAGGGGCGUAUACAUGGAGGGGCUUAUUUUCGGAAUUUUACGGUAUGGGAGUACAUGCUGCCCAAAAUAAAAAUAGGGGCUAUGAUUGAACUAUAAUUCACGCUUGUUCAUGCUUGAGGAAUUUAAUAUAUUUUUAGGACCUAAUCAUAUUUUAACUUAUUUUUGUUCAAAAUACUUUAAGCGAAACAUGCAAAGUCAAACUCCCAACUGUAAAAUUUGUGGGAGUUGACGUACCUGCCCCAAGACUUCUCUUCUUUUACCCAGCAUAAUCAAUUGAGUUUAAAUUCAAAUGGCAUUGGAUGACGUCAUUUGACCCACCAACUUUGGUUAGCCAUCUAGGAAGGGCACGAAAGAAGUGUCAACCUCGUUCCCAGGCUUCUCUCUCGUGUCUCUGAAGAGUGCGGCUGGUCAUGUGACUACCUCUGACAAUUAACUCCUCAUCAUCAUCCCCGGAACAUAGGCAUGCUUCAUUGUAAGGGAAACCGGGGUAAACUCUUUCUGAUAUAAACUGGGUGUGCUGUUUAGCAGAAGGUUCCUUAAGAUUGUACCUAAGUUCAAGUUUCGUAACGUUUUGUGUUGACAGAAUUUACCUUUUAUUCCUUUUCACAGGCAGAGGCCACACGAAAAGACGCCCUUAAAGUAAACGAGGGGGACAAAAUCGCAGUUGAAUGCAAUGACACGCCGAUCUCUCCACCAGGUGUUUGUGGCCCCAAAAAACGCCCAAGAAGUGAAGAGGUGAACAGCUUAUCUAAAGGAAUAGAGUAAUACUAGCAAGCACCACCCCUGUUACAGUUUUCUCUAGCCUUCUUCUCAGAAGUGGUAAUGAUACCAUAACGAAAGUUACGGUACCAAUUUAAUUAUGACCAUCGAGACUUAAACUAUAAUGCAGUAUUUUUUCCUUGAAAUAUCAGACAAAGAGUAUAUAUAUGUUCUUUUCUUCAGCAAGACGAUUUUCAGCAGGUCAAUGGCCCAAGACAAAAGAGAGAAAAGAGGACAAAUGCGAUGGACGACCCAGAGGCCAGGAAGAGCGCAAGUCAUUAUGAGGUAGACUAUUAGGGAAUUUAAACGUGCCGCGGGCACGGUUAUUUGUUUGUAGUUUUACCUUGUCCCUAGCUUGUGCUUGUCAACAAUCAUAUAGCCUUGCAAAAUAGAAAAGCAACUGUAUUCAAUGUUCUUAAGUCCUGAAACUUUUGCAUUUAAAGACUAGGGUAAACCUUUCAACUUCAAUCUUUUCCCUUUUCCAGCGAGAAUGUCAAGAACAGAACAUGAGCGGACGUCAAAUGGACAAACCAGUGGCAGAGGCAGUGAAAGCAACCACGAGUAAAAGCUCUGUCCAGGUUAGUUGUUUGGGAAUGUUGUACAGUUUUAUAUUAACAAGGGGCAAGCUUAAGACAUUGGUGCAAGAACUUAAUACCUUUUAGGCUUGGUUUGAUUAAGCUUCAGACCUGCGACUUUUACUAUUUACUCGCUCGCGUCACGCACUGCAAUCCUUUCUUUAACUCCAUCCCGUUACCUAUUCUGUCAAUCUUCAACACUUUUUUUAUUGUAUGAUUGACACUAACCAGAAAACUUUGGAAGAACUAAAUUAAUAGAAUCGCAAAAAAUUUUUCUUAUAGGAAAAUGGAAUUCACGACAACUUUGUAACAGUGGAAAAUGUGGUCCAUCCUUCAAGUAAAGAUAUUAAUUUGGUAAGCGCUAGCUAUUUUUCAAGAUAUUUUUGCUGCCAAAGUUGAAAAAGUAUUCAACGGCUUCUAACAAAGUCAUCUUUUUUAGGUACUUGAUGCUAAAUUUACGAAACACUCCUUGAGUGAAGACGUUGUGCUCAAUUCAUCAGGAGAAUAUAUAGAUUCGGUAAGUGGGUACAAAUUUUUAUGAAACACUUAUUGCCAAUUUUUUUUAUUUGACAUUCAAUUUUUGUUAACUUUCAGGGCAAGAAUGAGGUACCUGCAAAGCUCCCCUUGCCAAUUGACCUUUGGAGCAGUCAGUCAGUUUUAGGAGAUUUGAGUUGGGUAAGUUUAUAGUGUAUUCUCAUUUUUCAAAUGAAGUCGCGCGUGUACACCGGAUUCUAACAAAUCCGUCUUUUUUUUAGGGACACCACGAUGUAUUUCAGGAAAAUUCCGCGCCCAGCGAUGAUGUAGCUUGUUCGCCAACAGAUGUGCCUUCCGUGAGUGUAAGUACUACAAUUGCUACAACACUAUUAUGACUUACACAGUUACGCAUUUGCAGCGUUAGGUAGCGUUUUCGCGGAUCCCCGCUCCCCAGCUCCGGAUAAUAGGCUCAUUUAGCAACAGAACGGGAACGUCAGUUGACGACGACGCGUGCAAAUCAAUCAACUGGCUUGUCCAAUGGCAACGCGGCAAAUAGGGCACCGGAAGUCGUGUUUAGUCCUUUCGGCGUGCUUUCCAGUCGCCAACUUACGUUCCCAUCCUGUUGCUAAAUCAGCCUAAUACCUCUCCGGACAUCGAAUCUUUAUGUGUGGGAUGUGCCUCCAAGAAUUAAACCUUCUUUGUUCUAUUUGUAUAAAUAAUCAUGCGACUACGAGUUAAAUACGAAGUUUUAUUAUACGGUCCCAAGCGCAAAUUCGUUGGGAUGGAAAAAAAGUCCCGUAUGAGGGCCGUACUCGUCAAGUGACAGGGCCGGGAAAACGCGCAUAGCCCUAGAAAAAUGCGCGCGAAUGCGAAGGCAAAUGAUGCCAUGAUCGCGUUUUUACUCCGUCAGAUAAACGCAAAAUCACAACAGUCUGAUCAUAAAAUUCUGCGCUCGGUCUGUAUGUUCUGACCUCCAGCCAAAUAUACUGCCGUCCGGCCCUUCCCCUGCAGUCAACAAAGUACAUAUUUUUUGCACUUGUCCGUUUGUUAAAAAAAUAUACAAAAUUACAGGAACGGAGAAUGCAUUUAAAUGAGAAAAAUCGUUGGUAUGGUGACCCCAUAUAUGAAAAGCGAACAUUGAACAUAGGAAACUUCCGGCUGUUACACGUUCAGGCCGUAAAUUAUACUAGCAUUUUUUUGGAGCAUUUUAGUGGUAUUUCCCUGGAAAAGGUUUUUUUUUUCUCACAGAAAAUAAAAAUUGAGACUUUCUUUAAAGAGAAAUGACCACUUGUACUUCAAAUUAAAGAAAACUAUAUUCAAAUUCCGCCUAAAUACAGCCUUGUAAAUUAUCAUUGGCUGUAUUAAAAAUAUUUACUUGUAUAUAUUGUUGUCAUACCACUAAAAAUUUUUUGGUAAAAUUAAACCUCUUGAAAAGCAUUUCUGUGAUGAGCAUGAUCAAGCAUAUGCAUUUUAGUGAGAAAGUGGAGCAUUAAGGUGGAGUAUUUUAGUGGGGUAACAAAAGCAUAAUGUACAAUGGCCUAUACACGAUCACUUAACUGGGGCUUCUUCGGUUCGGUGAUGUUCAACUAAAAACCUUUUUUUUUAAUUUGAAAAUAUACAGAUUGAGCUGCCUUCAACCAGUGCGUUGGCCGAUACUCCUUUCUAUAACAACGACAAGGAGCUUCCAAUUUUCAACACAGGAAAGAAGGCAAGAUAUACUAUCCCUGAAGCAGCGGAAAUAUUGUUAAAGAAUACUACCACCCAAAAGUGCACAAAGACCCCUCUAAGAGUCAGGAGAAAUAUGUCUUUUCUUGUGGAUAUCAGCAAGAACCGAAGGUGGGAAGACAUCAAGAGCGAUAUGAAUGGUGCAUAUACUCACCACUUACGCACAGGUAUUUGGACCGUUGACGUUAGCGAUGAUAUGGAGGUAAAAAUUCUAGAGAAGCGAAAGGUGGCGCUUGAAGUAGAAGGCCAAUUUCAUAUACACAUCAAUUCAAAGAGGAACGCAUUUGGUUUGAGCCGGUCCAUUUUCUUCCUUUCCAAUCAGGACGGCGACAUACUUCACAACACUUGUUUGUUACAGUACCACAUAGACAAAGAGAACUGUAAUGAAGUAGUCUUUGAUGUAGCACCCCAUGGAAAUAGAAAGAAUGGUGACAAGCCUUUCUAUCCCACACAAAAGAGCACAAUGCAGGCUAUCAAGGAAGAACUCUCCGUAAAACCAGUCUCCGGAGUUUUCAAGAUGGUAGCGAGUAGUGCCGGUGGCAUUUUGGGAGCUAGGCAACCCGAACAACUACCGAGAUCAAAACAGCAGUUGUACGACAUCAAGUCCAAAAUGAGGAGGUCGGUUGAUGAAGUGGAAGAACUCUUGCUUUACUCGAAGAGUAUGGACGACCCCAUUGUCCUUGAACACCAUGAUUUACCUGAAGACUUGUGGGUUUUAGGAAAGCAGCACAUGUGCAAUGACCUGUCACGGUUUUGCUGCUCGGAAGUUAUGAGCUACCCUCUAAGUGUCGACCCAACCUUCAACUUCGGACGAUUCGAAGUGACCCCAUAUUCAUAUAAACAUCUUCUGAAAUCAAGAAGAACAAACGAAACACCAGUCUUUUUGGGCCCAACGGCUAUUCACUACAGCAAAACCAAGCCAGUGUUCAAGAAAAUAGCUAAUGCUGUGGCAACGAAUUCGCCUGGCCUUUCAGAGAAGUGUCGUGGCUUUAUCACUGACGGAGAAAAGGCAUUACACGAUGCUCUGUCUGAAACGAUGAGAAAGUCCACAGGCCUUCGCUGUUUCAAUCACUUUCGUCGAAACUGCAAAGAAAAACUGAACGCUUUAGGUAUUCGGAAGCAGCAAGAACAGAAAGUUUUUCUUGAUACAGUUUUUGAAGAAGAAGGCGUUCUCGGAGCCGAAGAUAAAACGGACCUUAAAGCUAGAAUUCAGUCAUGUAAACAGACUCUAGAAGAGGAAGAGAAACAGCUUACGUCGACUUCCAGUCCUCAGUUUUGGACCUACAUCUCGAGCCAUGAAAAAAUGAUGAAAAAGUCGAUGAUUGCUACCGCAAGGAGAAAGGCGGGCAUGGCAGACCUUGACAACAAAGGAAAACCUGCUCGGUGCUUCACAAACCAAUCAGAAAGUGUUAACAAUAAACUCACGCGCCAAAAAGAAGCCAUGACUAAGAGCGACAAAAACAAGAGUGACAUGUCUAAGCUACAGUUUGUAAAGGAUGUAUGGCAAGAAGUCGACAGGCAGCAACAAUUUGAGAUGCAGAUGGCGCUGUGUGGCUUAAGUGAAGAGUACGAGCUCUCAGAGAUGGCUUCCUAUCUACAAGUUAAUGCAGAAGACUGGUUUGAAUGGAGUGAGAAGACGAGAGCAGAAUAUGUUCUGAAGUUUAACAAGCUAACUAUUGAGGACGUCAUGAAAGAGAAACCUAUUGUUGUUGCAGCUAGGCGCGAUGUUGAAGAUCAGGAGGUAUAUGAGUGGAAAGAGUUUUCUGACGACAUCAAGGCUCUUUUUGAUAUUGAGGGAUUAUCAGUGGAUCUGAUGAAAGGUAUUGUGAAAGAGGCCGAGAAUCUUCUGAACACUCGGGAUGCUAUUCAGAGAAUGCCUUCACUCGACGUGGGCGGCAUAUGCAAGUAUCUGGUAGCAUCAUCGAGUUGUAGAAAAAAAAUGUACGAAUGCACGGUCUACCGAGACCACGUGACCUGUAACUGCCCCUGUUACAAAUUUAACACGUUAUGCAAGCAUAGCCUAUGCGUUGCAGAGAACUCCAAACUGCUAAAUGUACACAUCGAGUACUUCAGAAAGACAUCAAGACGAUUGAAGCCCUCCAAAAGUGGCCUGGUUGUACCGGAGAAAGUAGCUCCAGGAAAGAAAGGUGGAGCCAAUCGGAACUCGUGGAGGCCAAGCCAUGGCAAGGCAAGUGCAUCUACUGCAUCGUAUUCCAAGAGCCAGAGCGCUUCUUUCCCGUUCAGAGAGAUACAUCAUAACAAUCGACCUCUUAAAGCCUGUUUUCUCUCCGAGGAACCUAAAGCGAAAGAAUGUCGUCACUGCCGAACGGAAUUUCCUCGUCGCACCAUGAUCGUACCCUUCAAUUUAGUGUUGUCGCAUGAAGAGAAAUGGCUUUACCCAGAUCCAAAUAAUGCAGGAAAUAAACUUCCUUCAGCAAAGUACACAACGAAGCAUUAUUGUAUCCGGCGGAAUUGCAUCAUGAUUCGAUUUCCGUACUUCAACAGCACGUAUUUGGAAAUACCCGAAGAAGUAAGGGUAAACCUCAAGGAAGCACACAAAAAGCUCAUUCAGGAAGAACUCGAUCUUUCAUGCUGA